AUGGCUUCCUUAAAAGAUGUAACUACAUUGUAUCAGAGCCUUAAAACCGAAUGGGCAAAAAAACCCCGUAAACUAGAAAAAUGUGGAGAAUUGUUAAACAGAAUAAAGGUAGCUUUGACACAUGUGAGUUUUCUACCUAGUAAUAAUGCUGCUGCCAAUCAAAAGGAAUUAAUAUUGGCCAGGGAUGUAUUAGAAAUUGGUGCCCAGUGGGCAGUAGCAAGCAAAGAUGUUAAAGCAUUUGAAAGAUUUAUGUCACAAUUAAAAUGUUAUUACUUUGAUUACAAGGACCAUCUGCCUGAAUCAGCAUUUAUGUACCAACUCCUUGGUUUAAAUUUGCUGUUCCUGCUGGCUCAGAACCGUGUUGCAGAAUUCCACACAGAGCUUGAGCGUCUUCCUGUUGAUGUGAUUAGAGCUGAUCCAUAUGUGAGGCAUCCAUUGGCAUUAGAACAAUAUUUGAUGGAAGGCAGUUACAACAAAAUCUUUUUAGCUAAGGGUAAUGUCCCAGCUGAAAGUUAUACACUCUUCAUGGACACUUUGUUAGAUACGGUGAGAGGGGAAAUAGCUGCCUGCAUUGAGAAAGCAUAUCUCAGUAUUCCUUGUGCUGAGGCUGCUCGACGAUUGAAUCUGCCGUCACAACAAGCUGUGCUUGAAUAUGGGAAAAAGCGCAAUUGGGUCCUCGGUACAGAUAAUUGCUACCAUUUCAAUGCAGCAGAGGAAACUUUCGCGGCAGCAGCUGGCGUCUUACCCUCGGCAGAACUUGCAGAACAAACUAUAGAAUAUGCUAGACACUUGGAAAUGAUUGUUUAA